AAGUGCGGCUUGUUUUCCCGGCUGGGCUCUGGAGCGGCGGGUGCGGCGCGAUGCACGGGUACCCGGGAGCGGACGGCUGCGAGCCCCGAUGAAGCCCGAGCGGCCCCAGCCCGAUGGAGGCGCCUCCGUGGGAGCCGGUGCGCAACGACUCGCUGCCACCCACGCUGAGCCCGGCCGUGCCGCCCUAUGUGAAGCUUGGCCUGACUGCGGUCUACACCGCCUUCUAUGCUCUCCUCUUCGUGUUCAUCUACGCGCAGCUCUGGCUGGUGCUGCGCUACCGCCACAAACGACUCAGCUACCAGAGCGUCUUCCUCUUCCUCUGCCUCUUCUGGGCCUCGCUGCGUACUGUGCUCUUCUCUUUUUACUUCCGAGACUUCGUGGCGGCCAACUCGUUCAGCCCUUUCGUCUUCUGGCUGCUCUAUUGCUUCCCCGUGUGUCUGCAGUUCUUCACCCUCACGCUUAUGAACUUAUACUUCACCCAGGUGAUUUUCAAAGCCAAGUCAAAAUAUUCUCCAGAAUUACUCAAGUAUCGGUUACCCCUCUACCUGGCCUCGCUCUUCAUCAGCCUUGUGUUCCUGCUGGUGAAUCUGACCUGCGCUGUGUUGGUGAAGACGGGAACCUGGGAAAGGAAGGUUAUCGUCUCUGUGAGAGUGGCCAUCAAUGACACACUCUUUGUGCUGUGUGCCGUCUCUCUCUCCAUCUGCCUCUACAAAAUCUCCAAGAUGUCCCUAGCCAACAUCUACCUGGAGUCAAAGGGCUCAUCAGUGUGUCAGGUGACUGCCGUCGGCGUCACUGUCAUCUUGCUCUACACCUCCCGGGCCUGCUACAAUCUGUUCAUCUUGUCGUUUUCUCAGAUCAAGAAUGUCCACUCCUUUGAUUAUGACUGGUACAAUGUAUCAGACCAGGCAGACCUGAAGAGCCAGCUGGGUGAUGCCGGCUAUGUAGUGUUCGGCGUGGUGCUUUUCGUGUGGGAGCUCCUACCCACCACCUUGGUGGUCUACUUCUUCCGAGUCAGAAGCCCCACGAAGGACCUUACCAGCCCUGGGAUGGUCCCCAGCCAUGGAUUCAGCCCCAGGUCUUACUUCUUUGACAACCCCCGAAGAUACGACAGUGAUGAUGAUCUUGCCUGGAACAUUGCUCCUCAGGGACUUCAGGGAAGUUUUGCUCCAGACUACUAUGAUUGGGGACAACAAAGUAACAGCUCCCUGGCCCAAGCAGGAACUCUGCAGCAAGACUCCACUUUGGAUCCAGACAAAGCCAGCCAAGGGUAGUACCGGCUGACAGUCCUGUGCAAGAGUCCUCUGUCAGAAACCUUCAGCCAGACAGACUGGAUGACUGCUGAGUUUUUAGGGCACUUUUCCUUAUGAAACAGGACUCCAGUUUUGUUUUGUUUUUUUGCAAUAGCUUUCUCAAGGCUAGAUAGGACUAAGCAAUAAUUCGGAGUGAUGAUAAACUCUUAACUUUAGAACUAGCAGAGAGCCUGGCUAUUUCAGUGGGUAUAAUUUAAACUUUUAAAAGAGAUUCUGUACUUUUAUAAAGAUGUAUUUUAUAUAACUUAAAUACUAAUGCUAAAGUAUA